AGCCCAAUCAGACAGCACUUCUACGAAACUCUUCAAGGAGGACCAGAAAUUGACAAAAUUUAAAAUUCUCUAGUAAAAUCCGAACCUGCCCACAGAUUCUGCCAUGUCGUACUCGUCAAGACCCCUCGCGUCCCAUCUACGACAAAACUCCACGACAUCGGGAAAUUUAACGUCGAGCUCAGGGCAAUCGCCGAUACUCCUUGCGCGGAUUAAUGAGAAGAAGGCCGAGCUGGAAAAUCUAAAGCAGUUGCGGGAUCUGAGCGCGGGGUUGGCGGGGCAGAUGCAGAUGCUUGAAGAAAAGCUGGCUACACUAUCGGACGGAACAGAAGCUGUCGCGACGGUGUUAAGCAAUUGGCAUACCGUGCUGCGCGCAAUUAGCAUGGCCUCCAUGAAAAUCCCCAAGCCAAAAGAUGCAGAAGAGAGCGAAGAUACGCAAGAGAAGUCCGAAACAGAGGUUCCAUUACCGCAGACUCUCGUGCGGAUACCGACGGAGCACGCGCCGAUGCUUCAGCAACAGACAAGUUCUGGGGCCGGAAAUAAUGGGGAGUGAUGUGUUGGCGAAGACCUCUUGCAUGACUUGGAAGUGAAUUAUGAACAGGCUGGAGCAUUGGAUGGCGUUGGAGGGGGAUUUUUGCUAUACGCUGGCCCAAAAGUUGAUACCCCUGGGACAAAUGUAAUGCUCACGUAUGAAAUAAUGAAAUCGGAGAGAUAAGUCCUCGUUUAAGCCCCUUAAGUUUAUAAUAACUGCG